ACCUGCAUCCUCACGAGAGUCAUAAAUGAUACCUGAGCGUGCGAACGAGGCCUCGGUUAUAUUGAGCAGUUGGGCGGGGGGGCCGAGCUCACGGCGAGGAAGGCCGAAGCAGCAAAAAAAAAAAAAAAAAAAAAAAAAGAAAACAAAAUCAACGCUCAGUGUGAAAGGUGAGCGUUUAGUUAGCGAUCAUGGCGGGAUCCGCGCUCCUCGCUCGGCUGCUUCUCAUUGGCGCCGCGCUUUUGCUCGCAGACACUGCCAACAUAAACACCCCCACCAGUCAACUCUCAAAAGAGACGUACCAGAAGGCAGAAAGUCACCCACCGUUCCUCUGCUCCUCACCAACCCCGGUUUCCGUGCUCGCUGCUCCAUCAGUUCACGCCGUACGACCUGCCGACGUCUCGGCGCUUUAUCGGCUGAGCACGUCGCGUUCCGGCAGGGAUGUGACUGUAAAGAUUUUCCGUCGAGUGGCCGAACUGCUGUCCAUGUUCAACCCUGCGUUGGUCACUGGGAAUGCUGAAUUCCCGUCUCAACCCUGGAGUUUGCAGCAAGAAGCAGAGGAGCUUUCGCUGUUCCCGUCAGACCAGGUUUCAGGCUGGAAGUUGGUGCUGCUGUUUGUUUCCACAUGUCAGACAAGUCCCUGUUCAACACAAGUUGAGGAUGUCGAGCGGGAAGUGGAAGCGGCGCUGCGGCUAUUACAGAACCAGUUGCGUCAGACUUUACUUCAUGUCGUGGUCUUCAGCUCCAGUCGACAAAAAGACAAUAGCAUGCCCCCGAGUCAUGAAAACACAAAAUUAUGCGAGGCGACUCGUGUGCAGAAAAUGCAGUACUCUGUAAGCCGCGUGCUGGCAAACGCAAAGUGGCAUCCCAACGUCACCGCUGUGCUGCAGCCGGUACCACUCAUUCUGGAGGACAGUUCUGACCCGGAGGAGAUGUCAAGCAAACUGGCUUUGCAGCUGUGGACACACAUGCUCCAGGCGUCAUCCGCUCCAUCCGACGACGUCACUAUUCCGUGUCCUACUCAGGAUCGACCCUUCCUCAAGACGCAGGUGAACUCCCCAAAAAGCAACGGCAAAGCUAUUGAACGAACAGCUCUGGAUAUGGGCACUGAAAUCCCCUGCGAGGACCGCCGUCCGUCUCCCACAGCACCUAACUCGGUUCACAAGUUGAGACCAGCGGACGUCAAGGUGGUGGCUGCGGUAGGCGACUCUCUGACGGCAGGUAAUGGCGUAGGAGCAAAGUCAGACAAUCUUCUGCUGGUCAUCAAUCAGUACAGAGGACUGUCCUGGAGCAUUGGCGGUGAUGAAAACAUCACCACGGUCACCACUCUGCCAAACAUCCUGAGGGAGUUCAACCCCUCCCUGACUGGCUUCUCUCAGGGAGUCGGCAAGGAGGACUCUCCGGCAGCCGUCCUCAACCAGGCCGUGGCCGGCGCCACCAGUGGUGACUUGGUCGAACAAGUGCGCACCCUAGUGGACAUGAUGAAAAAUGACACGAGAAUCGAUUUCCACAAUGACUGGAAAGUGAUCACCGUGUUUAUCGGGGGCAACGACUUGUGUGACUUCUGCACAGACACAGUGAUUUUCUCGCCCAGGAACAUCGCCGAACGCAUCCGUCGAGCCCUGGACAUGCUCCACCGUGAGGUGCCACGUGCGCUCGUCAACCUGGUGGAGCUGUUGAACAUGAUACCGCUGCGUGAUCUGCAUAAAGAUAACACGCAGGGUUGCCCCACCUGGUUCGUCAGGAUGGUUUGCCCGUGCGUGCUGAAGCCGAAAGAUGGCUCGUGGGAACUCCGAAAGACGGGAGAAUUCAGCAGAGCUUAUCAGCAUGCAAUGCGCCAGCUGGUGGACUCCGGGCGUUACGACACCCACGACAACUUCACGGUCGUCCUGCAGCCGUUCUUCAGGGAGGUCGUCCUCCCUACGUUGCCGGACGGGAGGCCCGAUCGCUCGUACUUUUCGCCCGACUGUUUUCACCUGAGCCAGAGAGCUCACACGCUGAUGGCUCGAGCCCUCUGGAACAACAUGUUCGAGCCGGUGGGAAACAAGACCUUCACUCAAGAUUUCACGGGCGGCAUUGCGCUGAAGUGUCCCUCUGAGGCCGCCCCGUUCUUCAGAACAGCUGUCAACAGCAACUACACAUUUCCAGGACCGCCGCCGACCUCUCCACCGGUUACCAACUGGGGCAGUGACUUCUCGUGUACUAACACGGGACCGUCCGACUCGGCGCCCGCUUCAGCCCACAAGGUCCGGCCGGCCGACAUCAAGGUAGUGGCGGCUUUGGGGGACUCCAUAACAGCUGGCUUUGGCGCUAAGGCAAAGACUCUCCUGCAGCUCAGAACCGAAUACAGAGGAGUGUCGUGGAGCAUUGGCGGCGAUAAAAACCUGGAGACCGUCACCACGUUAGCCAACAUCCUCAGGAAAUUCAAUCCGGGCCUUAAAGGAGUGUCAAAGGGUCAAGGGAAGAAGAAGAGCGGCUUCAACGUGUCCGUGACGGGGGCGAAAGUCUCGGGAAUUCCAGGACAAGUCAGACGCCUGAUUGACAUGAUGAAAAAUGACACUACAGUGGAUUUUGCCAACGACUGGAAGCUGGUGACUCUCUUCGUCGGAGGCAAUGACCUGUGUCAGUUUUGCAACGAUCGGGCCUCGUCGUCGCCGCAGAACUACAGCCGUCACUUGACGGCAAGCUUGGACGCGCUCUACGAAGAAGUUCCCAGGACCAUCGUCAACAUUCUGGAGAUCCUGGAGAUGGAAGGCCUGCGUAGGAUCAAGAGGGACACCCUCGGGUGCAACGUGAUACAACCGUUGGCUUGCCCGUGCUUCUUGCUACCGGGAGAAGACUCUCUGGAGUUAGCCGAAGCCAAAAGGAUCAACCGGGAAGUCCAGAUCGAGACGGAGAAAGUGGCCUACGGCGGUCGCUAUGACGACAGGGAAGACUUCGCCGUGGUGGUGCAGCCCUUCCUAAAAAACACCGUCAUCCCCUUGAACGCUGACGGGCGACCCGACGUCACCUACUUCACCGAAGACUGUUUCCACUUCAGCGAACGGGGGCACGCCGACAUGGCCGUGGCCGUGUGGAAUAACAUGUUGGAGCCCGUGGGCAAAAAGCAGACGUACAACAAUUUCCCAAGCGGCAGAGAUGGCAUCAAGUGUCCAACAGAGGAGCAUCCUUACAUCUUCACCAAGGUGAACAGCGGACCGAGUCUGGCCCCACCUCACUCCUCUGGCGAUGUCCCGGUGUGGCUCACGGCGGUUCUCGCCGUCUCGGCUCUGCUGGGCUGGGCCCUCACCUGGAUGACGCUCUCCUGUGUUGCCAAGAGGCGCAAGCGGCGCAUGACCACAGCCACGACGACAGUGCAGAUGAAGGCGUCUUUGUUUUAAAGCAGCGCUAGAAAAACGAAGUCCUUACAUAUGUUUUGCAUUCAUUCCCCACCCCAAAAUUAGUUCAUUAUACUGUAUUAUUAUUAUUAUUAUUAUCAAAGAUAGGAUGGAUAGGCUCCAACCCUCCCGUGACCCCCUGUGAGGAUAAGCAGCUCAAAUAAUGGCUGGAAUUAGAGACAACAUAUUUAAGACGCAUUUAUUUGUACAUAUCAUACACAAAUGACCUGAAUUUUCAGUUUUUUUUAAUUUUUUAAAUCAAAUAUGGCCAUGAGGACCAAUUUCUUUUCCCCAAUUCUGUUUUAAUUAAAGCAAGGUUGGGAAGAAAACUCAGGAAAAUAAAGUUAGUGCAAAAAAUACUGUAUUAUAAUUUUGAUAUUUGGCGACGGGAUGACUGCAUCCCGCAUGCCUUACGGCUCGGGCUGGAAAUUAUUUUAUUACAUGCGCUCGCUCGAUUAUCUCUGAACUCAAAAGAGUGUGGGCUGAUAAUUUUGGUUUUUACAUAAAAGUGAUAAAACAUAAAAGGCAAAAGGGGCAUUUGCUUGUGGGCUAAGUGACUAAGUGGGAGUUGUGGCUGAUAGCUUCUUAUUGAAAUAUGUAUUGAUGGAAAUAAAGAGAUGAAAGGCACCAGUGAUGAAGUCAUCCUUGCAUUCAACAAUCCACUGCAAACUAAAAAUUGCUAAAAAAUAGUCUGCCAUGUAUUAAAUAUACUGCAAUGUGAACGAAU